CUUUCCAGUCAUUUCAGCGUUAACGUUAAACUCAGGCCCGCUACUCCAAGUCAAAGCCGACCGGGAACUCAAUCAAUGGAAAAACCUUACACUUUCAAUCUUCUUCAGCUACUCUUCCUCUAUUUACUGCUUCCAUUCCUCUCAAAUUCGAUACCACCACCAGCCCAAACCGACCACUCCGAAAUCAUAUCAAGGUUCCAACAAUACCUCCAAAUCAACACUUCCCAACCAUCCCCAGACUACCAAAAAUCUACCCACUUCAUCCUAUCCCAAGCCGAUUCCCUCUCUUUGCAAUCCCAAGUCAUCGAAUUCGUUCAAGGUAAGCCAAUUGUGCUCCUUCAAUGGCCAGGCUCCGACCCUUCCUUGCCUUCCAUCCUCCUUAACUCUCACACUGACGUCGUCCCUUCUGAGUAUUCGAAAUGGGUUUAUCCUCCUUUUGGAGCUCACAUCGACGAACAAGGAAAUAUCUUUGCUAGAGGCUCUCAGGAUAUGAAGUGCGUUGGCAUGCAGUACCUGGAAGCUAUUCGUAGGUUGAGGUCUUCUGGGUUCUGCCCGAAACGAUCUCUUUACCUGUCGUUUGUUCCUGAUGAGGAGAUUGAUGGCCGUGAUGGUGCUGAGAUGCUUGCUUCCUCUGAUGUCUUCAAGAAUAUGAAUGUCGAUAUAGUGCUUGAUGAAGGGUUGGCUUCUCCCAAUGAGAACUAUAGGGUAUUCUAUGGGGAGAGGGCUCCAUGGUGGUUGGUUAUAAAGUCAAAUGGAGCUCCUGGACAUGGGGCGAAGCUUUAUGAGAAUAGUGCCAUGGAGAACCUUUUCAAGAGCAUUGAGAGUAUUUGGAGGUUCAGGGCUUCUCAGUUUGAUUUGGUGAAGGCAGGUUUGAAGGCUGAAGGGGAAGUCAUCUCGGUUAAUAUGGCCUUUCUGAAGGCUGGCACGCCUUCCCCAACAGGUUUUGUCAUGAAUUUGCAGCCCUCAGAAGCAGAGGCUGGUUUUGAUAUUCGAAUACCACCGAUUGGUAAUGUAGAGUCGCUGGAGAAACAGAUAGCUGAGGAAUGGGCACCUGCUUCGCGGAACAUGACAUUUGAGUUUAAGGCAAAGGGUAUACUGCAUGAUGACCUGGGAAGGCCGCUUGUGACUGCAACCGACAGUUCUAAUCCAUGGUGGACUCUGUUGGAAGAAGCUAUCAAGAAAGCGAAUGGAAAAAUAGGAAAGCCUGAGAUAUUUCCAGCCUCGACAGAUGCUCAAAAUUUUCGGAAACUAAGCCUGCCGGCUAUCGGUUUCUCACCUAUGGCUAACACUCCUAUUUUGCUUCAUGACCAUAAUGAGUUCCUAAACCAAGCUGAAUACUUGAGAGGAAUUGAGGUAUACGAGUCUAUAAUCAAAGCUUACACAUCAUACAUCCCGCCUGGAGGACAUGGAGAUUCACGAGACGAGUUGUAAGGUACCAGCAAUGUACAUCUUCAUACUUAAAGGUAUAUCCUCAAUGCUGUAUCGAUGAUGAGGGAAACAGUUUUACCACUUACCUAUGCUAAAGAGAACAUGGUUCGUCAUGCAACUUCUUGGAUAAUGUGGUAUUUGAACAUGCCUGAUGCGUCAUGUCUUCUUCUUGUCAUGGCAUUUCAUUUUCCCAGUUUACUUUGUGGUUGAACAAUAGCGUCUGAUGUUUUGAUAACCAUCAUGUUCUUAAGAAUGCUUACAUGUUUGAAGCUUUAAUGACUAUAUUCAAGAUCAACAAUCUUAUUCUUUAUAUUUUAAUUUGACAUAAUUUAAUCUCUUUAUUUUUAUUACCUCAA